AUGGCGGCAGCAGAGGAUGCUGAGGAUGAAGAUGCUGAGGAGGAGCAGGUCUUCCCCGCGGGCUCACCAGUGCCGCUGAGUGCACUGCGCAACGGGAGCUGCUACUCAGCGUGGGUGCAGGCCAGCAACGCGCUGGGCACUGCUUGCUCAGCCCCACAGCGCCUUGACCUGCAGGAGCUCGUGGUGCCUGCUCUGCCCCUGGUUGCCAGCGCUGAGACAACAGAGACAUCACCUCCCACCACCACCAUCCACUGGAGGAAGCAGACACUGCUGGACAACGUGCACUGUGAGGAGCGACACAAAGCCACAGGCACCUCAGCAUGGCAUGUGGAGGUGUGGGAUGGCACGGCGCAGCACGGGCCCCGCUCACGGCAUGACCUGCAGAGUAACACCCAGUACGUGUUUCAGGUCAGGUGCCGGCUCAGCCCUGCCAACAGCCCCUGGAGCGCCUGGAGCACCCCCUUUCUCUACACCACGCCCGAGGCAGUCUGGGCCGUUUCCUCUCCGCGGCAGCAGAGCCAUGCAGCAGCAAGCCUGCUGCCAGACUUCCGUGCUGCCGCUGGCUGCGUGGGGACCAGCCCACUGCCGCGCGUGGAGCUGCCAGCCAAGCGGGGCUUUCUGCAAAGGCUGCGCAUGGCCCCUGCCGCAGCACCCGACGUCUGGCGGCGCCUGGGCCCAGCGUUCCCAAACGGCAGCCGCGAGGUGACGGUCUUGAUCAAGGAUGCCCGUGGGAGGAUCCUGGGCUACACUGUUGCCGCCGAGAGCCCCAGAGGAAUACUCCUCCUCUGCAAUACCUCCAGCACAGCAUGCAGCAUCCUGGUGCCCCCGGGAGCCCGCACCCUCCACGUCACCGCUCACAACUCCAGGGGGGCUUCCAGCCCUGCCAUCAUCACCCUCAGCCAGGGCACCGGCAGCCAGGAAGAAUUCCCAGCACCAGCAGCCAUGGAGGUCAAGCCUGAGAACCAGAGUGGGGUCUUGGUGGCCUGGCAGCCCCCCCGCCACAGCAGGAGGUCCCCACUCUGGUUCAUAGUGGAGUGGGUUUCCACUGCCCAGUAUAGCCAGGAAGAGCAGUAUUUUUGGAAGAAAGUCGCAUACCAGGAAACACACACGUACAUCCAAGAAGAGGCAGCAGCAGGAGGUCGCAUCAAUGUGUCAGUGUACGCAGUCUACCCCGAUGGAAUCGGCAAACCAAGCUCCAGCCAAGUUCCUUCAGAGGACCAGCUCCUGAGUAGCACCUACAGAGAGAUCUCCCAUGAUGACGACAUUGGAGUUUUCCUGGGACUGGGCAUCAGCAUGGUCAUAUUUUUGGUUGUUUUUGUAAUUCUGAUGUUUAAAAAAUCAGCCAGAAAAAGUUUGCCAUUUAACUGGAAUAGGGAUGUCCAGGAGUCCAGAAUUAAUGCCAUCGUUGUGUUGCUCUUGCCAAAAUGGCUGUUUGAAGACUUUCCCCGCAUGGAAAACAGCAAUGUGGUAAAGUCACUCCAGGAAAAGAGCGAUUUCACAAGUAACAGUUUCCCUGAGCCAUUCUUGGACACUAGUGACCCCACAGUUACAGAGAUAGAGGAGGUGCCAGCACAUGAGGAGUACAAGAAUGUGACCACCAAAAGGAAGCCCAGCAGAGAGGUACCCGAGGACAGGGAGCACCCGAGGAGCGUGGCACCUGCCACUGUCAUGGCCCCUGAGCAGAUCAGUGACUACAAACCUCAGGUGUCUGAUGGGAAUCUGCUGGGGUACGUAGCUGCCAACAUUUACCAAGCACAGCCCCCUGCAGCCCUCCCAGAACCGGAGACGAACAUCUUCUUCAGAGACUACACAAGCUCUUUUCCCCACCUGUGGGAUGGGGAGGGAGGGGGCCACCACGUCUGUCUGCUGGAGAAGGUCAACCUCAUCUUAAACAACAGCCGGAGCGGGCAAAGCCACACAUUCGGCUCGGUCCAGGGGGGACACAGCUCCCUCCUGGAGAGCCAGUGGAGACCCACGCUGGCCAGUGACGUUCAAGAGCAAACGCUGGUCCCUGAUGAGCUGGUCUCCUGCCUGAGAGCCAUGAAUGGGGAAUCAGUGGAUAUAAAGACCUGCUUUCCUCAAAGCAUCAGAAGAUUAUUUUGA